AUGUCCAUAUCAGAUGGAGAUAGCUCGGCCCCGGCCCUUAGCCUUCGCCACUAUCGCGACCAGAACGACGAGGAAAAUGUCUACGACAGGAUCAGGGAGUUUGUCCGCUCCCUGGGUCUCUCUGCGAGCGACGGGCUCAUCCACCAUGCUACCGAGAAUACACAUGAGGACCUGAAAGAUGUCUUAAACCCACACGAUCACGAAUGCUCCUCGAAUUGCACUGCAGACUCGCACGGCACCAUCACCCCGACCCUCUCCAUCCAUUCAUCCCCUGAGCGCCUACAACCCCUGAUCCCCCCCACAAAUUACGGUGCGGUUCUGCCCGGGUGCAUCUACCGCAGUGGAUACCCACAGGAGAAGAAUUACGGCUUCAUCAAGGACGUUGGUAUCAAGACAAUCUUGACUCUCGUGCCGGAGCCCCUCACGCCUGAGUUCCAGGCCUUCAUGAAAGAUGCUGGCAUACAGCACUUCCACGCCCAUAUACGCGCCAAUAAGGGCGAAGUUCGCGUCGAGUCGUGCGAAAUGGCACGGGCUCUCCGUCUCAUCAUGGAUCGCUCAAACCAUCCCAUCCUCGUACAUUGCAACAAGGGAAAGCACCGCACUGGAUGCACCAUCGCUUGCUUCCGGAGGGUGCUGGGCCUCGACCCUGACGUCAUCCGCGAGGAGUACCACACCUACGCCGGCAUCAAGGCCCGCUUUCUCGACGAGGUCUUUUUCGAGAACUUUGACAUCAACCUCGUCAUGUGGGUCGCGCGCCAACAAGGCUGGGUCACGCCUGAGAUGGAUAUUGCACCGCCCACGCCACCAGCCUCCAUCACAUCCAGCGUCACCGUCAAGGCUGUCGCUCUCGCAUGA